AUAAUUACAUUAUCACAGAUAUUUUGGAAUUGUCAUUUAAAAUUAUUGAUCGUGAGAUUAAAAAUUAUAUAGAUUGUCAGAUCAGAUAUUUUUAGAUUGUCGGAGGGUUUUCGAACUGUAAGUGGGAAUUUAAUUUACAAGAGAGAUAUUUUUGGGGAUUUAAUGUUAUAAUUUAUGAAAAUGGAGAGUUAUACAAUAUAAGAAGUAGAAGUUAAAAUUACAAAAAGAUAAAAAGGUAAAGACAGUUUAAUUUGGAAUAAAGAGAAAGGUGAAAUAUAUUGAACAAAGAAGAGUUAAUCAAAAGGAGGAGUAAAAGAACGUUAUCAAAGUAGGGGAAAACAACAAGUGGAAACCAGGAAGGAGAAUAGGAGGAAGCUAUUGAAGCCACAACCGUUAGUGCUCGGAGAAUAUUGUAAUAGGUCUACGUUAUACAGGGUGGAACCAUUACAAAUUGGCCACCAACGUGUGGAGCGAAGGUUUGGAGUCGGAGUGGAAGAAGCAGGACAGUAACAAGGAUUGCUUGGAGCGAAUAUUAUCUACUAAUUUAUUUUGAAGACAAUGACAAAAAAAUCGUUGAAAGAAGAUGAUAUCGUAUCGUACACAGCAGCCAUGACAGUCCACCUCAAUAGAUUUUACCAAUACAACUCGAACCAAAUCGAGUCCAUUUGGAAUGAGACAGAUAGCAUCACAAACUUUUACAAAAAUUCAAACAUUUUCAUUACAGGUGGCACGGGGUUCGUAGGAAAAGCUUUGGUGGAAAAAUUGCUUAGAUCCUGCCCCGAUAUACAAAGUAUUUACCUGUUGAUGAGGCCAAAAAAAGGUAGAAGCAUCGAAGAAAGGCUUGACGAAUUACUUAAAAAUCCGGUUUUUGGUCGUAUUAAGCAAGAAAAUAUUGAUGUCUUCUUAAAAGUCAAAGCUGUAUGUGGAGAUAUUACGCACGUAAAUUUAGGAAUAAAUAAAAAAGAAGUGACUAUUCUUUUAGACAAAAUCGACAUUGUUUUUCACUCAGCUGCAACAGUCAAAUUUAAUGAAGACUUAAAACAAGCUUUGAUCUACAACACUUUGGGAACCAAACAAGUAUUAGAAUUUUGUACAAAAAUAAAACAGUUAAAGAGUUUUGUAUACGUUUCAACAGCCUUUAGUAAUUCAAUAAGAGAAUAUAUUGAAGAGGACGUCUACGAAACGCCUUAUGAUCCAGAUGCCAUUUUUCACUUUAUCGACGAGUUAUCAAAAGAAGCGUUUGAUGUUUUAUCGAAAAAAUUAUUGGGGAACCACCCCAAUACCUACACACUUACAAAAGCAUUGGGAGAAAAGAUCGUGUUAAAAUAUUCUGAAAAAAUACCUUCGGCUAUUGUCAGACCAUCGAUAAAUGUAUUUUUAGUUACUGCUAGUUGGAGAGAACCUUAUCCAGGCUGGGUAGAUAGUGUUAGUGGAAUAACAGGAAUUUUUAUGGAAUGUGGAAGGGGUACAAUUAAAUCAAUAAUGUGUAACGAAAAGUAUAAAAUGGAUAUAAUCCCUGUGGACAUAGUAGUAAACACAUUAAUUUGCGCGGCUUGGCACACAGUACAAAGCAGAUCUAACUCUAUGAGAGUCUACAAUUGCGUCAGCGGUCAAGCAAAUCCGAUAACCUGGAAGGAAUUUAAACUUUUAACGCAAAAAUAUUCUAGACAGUAUCCCAGUAAAUACGUAACAUGGUAUCCAGGAUUCACUUACAGGACUAGCAAGACUACGCAUAUCGUUUGCGCUACGCUUUUUCAAAUUAUCCCUUCAGUCAUUUUGGACGUGUAUUUGUGUUGUGUAGGAAAGAAACCAAUAAUGCUAAAAAUAAGCAAAAAAUUCUAUGACGCCCUUCUAGCCGGGAGCCAUUUCUCCACGAACGAAUGGCGUUUUGAAGAUUCAACUAUGCGCAGUUUAAUCAAAGCUGUAAACGCAGCUCCUGAUGGAAAAUAUUUUGAAACCGACAUAGAUGACAGCAACGGCUUCUCUUGGGAGGAAUACGUGAAAAAUUUCAAUUUGGGAGUCAGGCAAUAUAUUUUAAAAGACGAUCUUAGCAGUUUGGAACAAGCUAAAAUUAAAUUGAAUAGAUUGUUUUGGUUUCAAAAAAUUAUCCAAAUUGUGCCAAUUUAUAUAUUAUGUAGAAUAGCAGUUCCUUACUUAAAUCAAUGGAUUUGGGAAAUGCUUUAAAAUAUCUUAGGAAAGCAAUACAAGUACGUUCCUAAAUAAUUUUGAAAAAAAUUGUUUCUAAAAGUUUCCGUAUCUAAAAAUUUGGCAGUGAGAAUCGAACUAACGGUCCGUCGUUUACGUACCUAAAUAUAAAGAAGCGAAUUGGCAUAUUCAAAAUACGGUCCGAAACGAACGCUAAUUAGGCUUUUACAAUUUAUUGCAGGAGCGUUGGUGUUGCUAACGCUGUUAAAAAUACAUGACUUCUUAUGGGAAUUUGACAUAAUUUUGUGAAAAUAAUAAAAAUAAACUUAUUUAUUGUUAAAUAAAGCACAGA